UAUUGUCUCGGAGGGAAUUAAUGGCUGGAUGUGAGAACUUUCUUUAUGAUGCUAUCAAGAAAGAAUUGGAAUGCUCCCUCUGCCAGGAGCAAUUUACUGAGACCAAUCAACCAAAAGUUCUUGUAUGUCAACAUACUUUCUGUAAGUCUUGUCUCCAGCGCUGGUUGCGACAGCAGAUUGCUGGGAAAGGUUUGAGCUGCCCAAACUGUCGAGUUCAAACCGAAUGUCCCAACAACAACAUUGACCGCUUACCGUCCAACCUUGCACACAAGAGACUGGGAGAUAUCUUGAAAGCUCAUGGUGAUUCGGAUAAAGGACUUAAUCUCAAAUCAAAGGAACAAAACGUUUGUAAACGACAUGAAGUACUCAUAAAGUUCUACUGUGAACCGUGCGAAAUCUGCAUUUGCUCAGAAUGCGCCAUUACGGAUCAUAGAGAUCCGAUAGAUCACAACAUCAUGUCGCUUGAAGAUGGAGCAAAGAAGCAGAGAGGGAUUAUCCAAAGUAGCUUGAGAGAUAUUGAGGAGAAUUCUUUUCUUCUGAAGAACCAUUUUGAGUCUUUAAGUGAAAGAAAAGCGAAAUACAAUAAUAGCAUCGAUAAAGUGGCGGAAGAAGUUCAUAGCGUGACGGAAGGUAUUAUAAAUGUUCUUCGUCAACAGGAAGAAAUGAUGACAGAAAAGUUGGCAAAAGAAAAGUCACUCUACGAUGAGGCCAUAAAAAAUGAGUUGUCGAAGCUCGUCGAAAAGCUCCGACUAAUGUACAAGAGCACAAGACAUGGUAGAGAAGUUUUACAAACAAAUGACGUAAGGAAAAUGUUAGACGUAAAACAUCAGCUUGAUGGAACUAUUGCGGAAAGGUUUCAGAAUUCUACGCCACUACUCAGAUAUCCAGAGUUCAAGUAUUCGUUAAAUACCCUGCCUCCAGAUUUCCGUCUUGGUGUGCUACAUGUAACCUUUACAGAGCCUUACUUUUCUGUUGGAACAGGACAAGGACUAAGUGAAAGUAUUCAAGGAGAGGUAAGCUACUUUACGGUCACAACGAAGGAUUCAGGCGGCAAAACAACCUACAGUGAAAUUGACAACGUCACGGUGGAGAUCACAUCCGUAGAACAGGGAACCAAAAAUAUUCCAGCUCUCGUAAAGGACUUAAAAGAUGGCCGUUAUUGUGUAUCUUACACGCCAAGAGCUGUUGGAGACUUCAAGAUAUCAAUCAAAAUAAAGGGACGAUACAAUAAAUGGAAGUCCCUUUCAGUUGGUUGUAGCCCCAAAACCGAAGCCAGUUUUCAGCAAAUUUCAUGAUGUUAUUUUACCAAGCUACUGGAUCCCUCAGCCGAAAAACGUACGGGGUGGAGAACUUACCGUUCAUCUCGUUGAGCUGGAUCCUGU